AUGACGAAAGAUAGACUUCCACAGUUAAAAGCUGAUGCUGAAAAAUAUGGAAUUGAUGAAGAUAUCAGUAUUAUCAAUCAUUUUGCUGUUGUCGACAUGGCAGGACCAUUCAUGAAAGAUUUUUUUGAUAAAGUCAAACUUCUUUGGAAUACUAUCGAUCGAAUUUCUGAAGUCAUCGGUUCUAUUGAACAUUUACAAAAUGCUUUGCUAGCAUCACCGUUUGAUUUCAAAAAGCAAAAUUACCUUGCCGAAAAUAUGGCCGAAAUGCGGCGAUUAAGUACUAAUGUUAGAAAAUAUUUGAGCGAAAUGAAAAAAAUCGAAGAUAUUCAGAUUGAUGCCGAUAAAAAAACUGUACGUCAUCGUAUUGCUGAAGCUCAUGUCAACAUUAUGACAAAACAUUUCUGUGAUAUAAUGAACAGAUAUUAUGCAUCAGAAAUAGCUUAUCGAGAACGAUGCCGAGCGAGAGUUGCUCGUCAAUUUCAAAUAGCUGGAAUUGAAAAAAAUGAAGAUGAGUUAGCCGAAAUUCUUGAACACGGACAUCCAACUUUUGGUCGACAAAUCAUGGCUGAUCUAGAACAAUCAAAACAAAUGUUGCAUGAUCUGGAAGGACGCCAUUCUGAUAUUUUGAAACUCGAACGUAAUAUUCGAGAAUUAGAUAAUAUUUGCAUUGAUUUAGCGAACUUAGUCGAAACACAAGGAAUGAAUAUAAAUUCUAUUGAACAAUAUGUUUCCGAAGCAGUCGUUCGGAUUGAGAGAAGUAAAAGUAUCAUUUGUGCCACUAAAAGUCUAGAUCGAUCUGCAAAAAGAUUAUUUAGAUCAAAAAGGCUUGCCUCAUCACUGUUGUCGUUAGCAUCGCGGUUAUUUGCAUCAUGUAUUUAA